GAUCUUUUCAGUUCAACCACAACCGUUUAUCUCAUCUCAUUUUGACAUAUAUCGAAAGCGAAUACAAUCAACAUUCAAAGGUGCAGUGCGCAGAAGAGAAGAUGGGUGUUCUUUCUCAGUACGCGGUUCCGUCAUGCUUCAUUCCUUCACUGUCGUGUGCAGCUUCCACGCUCCUUCGUUCUCGCCUCAGAACCACCAUUCGAUGCUGCACCACUCUAUCCUCUACCUCUCCCGAAACUCCAACACCUACCUCAACCUCUAUCAAGAAACGAGUUGCCUCGGGAGUUCAACCUACCGGCUCAAUUCACCUUGGAAAUUAUUUCGGCGCCAUCAAGAAUUGGGUCGCUCUUCAGGAUGUGUAUGAUACUCUUUACUUCAUUGUGGAUCUGCAUGCGAUUACAUUACCUCACGACAGAGAACAACUAACUAAGGAUACAAAAUCAACUGCAGCUAUUUACUUGGCAUGUGGGGUGGAUCCUUCAAAGGCUUCAGUUUUUGUCCAGUCUCAUGUCCGUGCACAUGUAGAAUUGAUGUGGUUGCUAAGUUCCAUAACACCAAUCGGCUGGUUGAACAGAAUGAUACAGUUUAAAGAGAAGUCUCGCAAGGCGGGAGACGAUGAAGUUGGGGUUGCUCUUUUGACUUAUCCUGUUCUGAUGGCUUCUGAUAUACUUCUAUAUCAGACUGAUUUUGUGCCUGUUGGUGAAGAUCAAAAGCAGCAUUUGGAGUUGACCCGUGACUUAGCUGAACGGGUUAAUAAUUUAUAUGGAGGAAGGAAGUGGAAAAAAUUAGGCGGGCGAGGUGGUGCUUUAUUUAAGGUUCCAGAGCCCCUCAUACCUCCAACUGGAGCCCGAAUUAUGUCCCUAACUGAUGGCCUGUCAAAGAUGUCAAAGUCUGCACCUUCUGAUCAAUCUAGAAUCAAUAUUCUUGAUCCUAAAGAUCUUAUAGCAAACAAGAUCAAACGUUGCAAAACUGAUUCAUUUCCAAGCUUGGAAAUCGACAAUCCUGAGAGACCUGAAUGUAAUAAUCUUCUUUCCAUAUACCAGCUCGCUUCUGGAAAGACAAAAGAGGAAAUUGUGCAAGAAUGCCAAAACAUGAACUGGGGCACAUUCAAACCUCUUUUAACAGAUGCCUUGAUUGACCAUUUGCAACCCAUUCAGGCUCGGUAUGAAGAACUCAUGUCAGAUUCAGGUUAUUUAGACCAAGUAUUAGGAGAAGGUGCUAGAAAUGCUGCAGAUAUAGCGGAUGCUACGCUUCAUAAUGUUUACCAAGCAAUGGGAUUUUCGAGGAGACAUUGAUGGACGACACAAAGCAAAUAUAAGCUAUAAGAUUCGUGAGAUGGCCACUAACUAUUGUAUGAUUUAUCAUCAACCUCGGUUAUUUUGUAGUAAUCAUCAAGGCGCGCCAUAAUAGUUGACUGCCGGAAGUCUGGAAGACUAUUUGAUGCAAAGCCUAAAGGUUUCGUGUAUUCUUUUGAUCCAAUUUUCUAGAUUUCAUUUUGGUUUAUUCUCAAUGACUAUGCUUAUUGAAUUCUUUUCUAGUAUAAUUGUUUUCAUUCUCAUUCUCA